UUCGGGGGGUGCCAAAACGAUACUCAGUGCCAUGGCACACAAGAGCAAGGGAAGGAGUGUUGUCGGUUGGGACGGACAGCAGUGGUCUCCAGCCGUGAACAGGGCACGGCCUGGUGGGACGGGAGCGGGAUGGUGUCUCUUUGGAUUUUGGCACGCGCGUUACGCGAGUGCGUUGACUUUUUGUUUGGUGAUACUGUAGUUGGAUGGAUUUUGUUUUUUUGCCGAGUGGCGACAUCGAGGUGCGCGCGCAUGCGGACGCGUCACGCGGUGCCCACUCUCGUCGACUUGAUCGUUCGCAUCCGGCAACAGGCAUGGCUCUAGCUAGUCGUCGGGCGGUGGGAGCAGCCGGCUCCACGGUGGAGUGUACCAGUUGUAUAUUUGUUGAUUCGCAGGUUAACAUCUUGUGUUCCCGUAGCGUGAUGCGGGGUCGUUCGGAAAGAGAGUCAGAGAUCGUUCGCUGGUCGCGUUGUCUCUCCCGCAGAAGCGGAAGCAGUAGAGGAGGUUGUUGUGUUUGGUGGGUACACGUAAUUUUUUCGUGGUAUAAGUAUUUAGUUGGUGGAAGUGACGUUUUGCCUUACAUGUGCAAAGCAUUGCCACGCGGGGCGAUAGGGGAUUGCAUUUAGUUCAUGACGAUAAAUAGAAAAGAGAAAACCAAGAGAACACGUACAGCGGGGUAUGAUAUCGCUGAAAUCCCGCCUUAUGCCGUAACAUGUGCUUUUGGGGAGCGGGGGUGCGUGUGGGAGGGGGAUCAGGUCAGUGCAGAUUGGCGCUGCCUGCAUAUAUCAUACGUCGUUUGGGGCCGUAAAAGAGGCCAGGUGUUGGGUGCUUCAUUGAUAAGGUCUGAUGAGGCGGGCGCUCGCCUUGAGCAUGACGUAGAGAACAAGGUUCGCGAGGCUGACAUGGCGACAUGGUGUACUAUCUUUUUCGCUUUCAAGGCUUGUGGAAUGCGAAGGGUGACGAGGCCGUGGACUCCCGGGGGUGGGCGCGAGCACCACGCCAGUCACCGCCGCCUUCGCUUCCUCAAGCCUUUGGGAUACAUGUUCCGUCGGUAGGUCGUCGUACGUAGAUGCAUUCCAGCACAUUUUUCAGGUCGAGGUACAAGGUAGGUGGGAAGGGCAUUUACACAAGUCUCUGUCGCGCAAGGCCUGUUGGAGUGUUCCCGGGUGAACAUGUAGGGGCAUUCGAUACACGCCGCGCGGAUUGGAGGUUUCAAACCGUGUAGUGCGUGGGGUGCAAGCGUCGCGUUUUGUACUUGGUGUUUUUUAAAUCGUGUGCUGGAAACAUGUGUUUCGUGCUCGGCCAGACGUAGUACGAUCUAUGCAUGCGCUGUCGUAGUUGUUCGGGGGGCUGGCUCUCUUGCGUCUGUAUCUGUCCAUGUCAAUGUCUGUCAAUGUAAUGAAAGACGUGCACACACGCACGUCGUAUGCAAGAUCAGGUUUUGAUGUAAUGCAAAUGCAAGUAUAAGUAUUGCUGCUAAGGUUCGCGCGCGGGAGCGCAUCCAUCUUGC